AUGAUGAAGCGGAACCAACCCAUCCUGAUCCUGGCCCUCGGCCUGCUGGCCAUCUCCGCCAUUUCGGCGAUGCCGCAGCGAAGCCGGGCCAAGAGCCAGCGCCAGGUGGAGUACUCAUCCACCCCGUAUCCGGCUGCCGGCUUCCGUCCCAGGGUUCCCUUCAAUCUGCCCGGUGAGGUGCAGCCCAAACUGGAGGCCGAACCCCUGGCCACCACCCCGACCUCGACCAUUCCCAGCGAUGUGGAGACCCUGGAGAACACCGAACCCCUGAGCACCACGGAGCAGCUGCAGCCGGAAACGGAAGUGGCAGCAGAAGCGGAGACUGAAGCGGAUUUGGAGGUGGCCAUCCGCACGCCCGCCAACACUUACGGCGCCCCCGGAGAGCAGGAUCCCCUAGAGCCCGACACCGUGGUGGUGGUGGCCCAGGAGCCGGCCCGUGACUUUCAGCCACCCACGCUCGAGGCUGUCGAGGACUUUGCCGCCGAUGGUGCUGUUGCUGCUGACGGCCAGCAGCCUGUUGCUGAUGUCCCUGCCCUGCAGGCCGAGCAGGAGUUGAUUCCGGAGGCGGAGGUCAAGGCCGUUACCCCGGCGGGAACCUACGGACCACCUGCUGCUACCUAUGGAGUGCCGGAGCUGGGUGAGCCCGAGAACGAGCUGGAUCUGGAGGAGUCGCAGGUGGAGCUGGUCGAGGAGGCAGCGGCGGAGGAGGCUCUGACCAACGAACUGGCCAGUGGUCGCCUAAUCCUUUUGCCUUUGGGAGCCCGGGGAGCGCAGUUUGGUCGCCUCGUCUUGGCCGUGGAGCAGCCACGUCGACGAAUGAGGAGCGAGCGCCUGAGAAGGAUCUAG